AUGGACCUCCACCAGAGGCGCCUCGCCCCAACUGCGGGCCUGGCACUGGAAGACGAGCUCGAGCAGGCACACCACUCCUGCCACCCAACAGCGCACCGCCGACACAGCAAGCCCAGUUUGUGGGGACCCAAGCCGGCCGGCCGUACGCUGGCGGUGUACGUCGCCCUCCUGCUCGCCUGUGGCGCCCUCUGCUGGCUCGUCACCACCUACAGCGGCCGGGUGCCCGAGCCCGUGCCCGCCGGAGCUCCGCCACAGUUAUUCUCCGAAGGCCGAGCGCGGCUUCACCUGGAGCAGCUCAUCAAGCAGAUAGGCUGGCGCCAAGCUGGCACGCGAAACAACGAUGUUCUCACGGUCAACUGGUUGCUUGAGAAGCUCAAUGCCGUGCAAGAAGAGGCCAAGGCGAUCGAUGGUGGGAGACGCCUGCUGGAUAUCGAGCUGCAGAGCGGCUCGAGCGCAUACACGCUCUAUUUUGUGGACGCCUACAUCACCAACACAUAUUCCAACAUCACCAACAUUCUUGUUCGCGUGCCUGCCCGCAACAAGCCCGUCGAUGCCUAUUCGCCUCUCCUGCUGAUCAACUCCCACUUCGACUCCGGCGUCGGCGCAACCGGCGCCUCCGAUGACGGCGUGGCCACCGUGGCGUGUCUGGAGAUGGUGCGGAACCUGGUCUACGAGCCGCCGCUCGAUUACGACGUGCUCUUCCUCUUCAACGGAGCGGAGGAGCCUCUCCUCCCGGCCUCCCACGCCUUUGUCACCCAACACCCGCUCGCCAAACGAGUGAAGGCGGUGGUGAAUCUCGAAGCCGCCGGCGCCGGCGGGCCUGCGCUCGCCUUUCAGAUCGGCUCGGCCGACCUCGCCUACGCCUACGCCAGCGUCGUUCCCUACCCGCACACCAUGGUCACCGCUGCGGAGAUCUUCCAGUCGGGGGUGAUCCCCGCCGACACGGACUACCGCAUCUUCCGCGACUUUGGCGAGAUCCCCGGCAUCGACAUGGCCUUCUACCAGAACGGAUACGUGUACCACACUCCGCUGGAUGACUUGGACGUGGUGACGCCCGGCAGCAUCCAACACAUGGGCGGCAACACGCUGGCGCUGGCGCGGCACCUGACCGACGCGCAGGCCUCCGACCACCUCCUGGCCAAGCCGCGCGACAGCUCCAGCAGCCGAGCCUUUUACUUCAGCCUCUUCGGCUGGUGCGUGGCCUACUCCGCGCUUUGGGGCUUCGUGGCGAACGUCGCGGCUGCGUGCUUGUGCGUCGGCUUCAGCUGGCGCGCGAUUCGUGAAGGGGACCGCACCAAGCUGCGCCAGAUGUACGUCGGCAUGCUCCAGGCCGCGCUGGCCGGCGUGCUUUCAUCGGUCCUCACCGCGCUGGUGCUGGGCAACGUCCUGGGCCAUCCCCUGUCAUACUUUUCCGCGCCUUGGCUCGGCACCACCCUGCACUCGGCCGCGUUUGUGCUGGGCUUUCUCCUGGUGAUGCGACGAGUCUUCACCGCAAUCAACAACGUCCACCAAUACGGCAAACCGGUGGAGGACCACACGAUUCUGACCGAAGCGACCGAGGAGCUGGCGGUGCACGCCGGCAUGCUCUUCUUCACCACCAUCUCCCUGCUGUUGACCGCCGCUGGCGUCUUCACUUCGUGGUUCUUCGCCGCCCAGAGCCUGUUCCUCGUCGCCGCCCGGGCGUGGCAGCUGCUCUACCGGUCGGCCAUCCUCCCGCGCCUCCGCCACGCUUCCGCCGACCACCAUGAUGCGAUCAUCGGCUCCGGCCCGCGCGCCCAGCGUGUGCCCGCCCACGGCCUCCCGCACUGGACCGAGGCCCCCGCCAGCGCGCUCUUCUACGCCCUCACCGUCGCCCCCACCGCGCUGCUCACCCUCCCGGCCUACCAGGUGGGCCUCGACAUGAUCCUGCCCCUGCUCGGCCGGGCCGGCGUGGCGGUGCCGCCCGACCUGGUGAUCGGGGCCAUCACGAGUCUCAUGGCCCUGUGCCUGCUGGUACCGGCCGUGCCCGCGCUGAUCCGGGCCGGCAACCUGCGCUACGCCAUCCGCAUCGCCGGCGUGGUGCUGCUGGUGCUGAUCGUCGUCGCGCUCCUGUCGUUCCCCUACGGCGCCGCUACGCCCAAGCGGCUCAUCGCCCAGCACACCUACCACCGCCCCGUCCAGGUCCUCCACAAGACAGCCACGACCACCGGCCUUCCCACCACGCCCGACGACCAGGCGGCCAAGAUCGCGGACAUGAUCGCCAAGUUCAACGCCGAGGACCGCAGCGGGAAGCCCGACGCCGACGACAGCUUCGUGCUGCUAGGCUCGUUCGACUACAUCCCGGCCGACGUGGUCUUCUCGGGACUGGACGGGCCGCCGCCCUCGUUCAAGAAGGCCGAGGACGUGCUCUACAACUUCCUGCCGGUCUACCCCUUCCAGCCCUUCAUGAGCGCCGUCCAGCUUCCGGCUGCGGCGCCCGUCGGCCCGGGCCUCUUCUCCUCGGGCCGCAUGGAGCACCCCACCAUCCGCGUCCUCAAGGACGAGUUCCACGCCUCGACCGACAUCCGCACGCUGGUGCUGUCGUUCGACUACUCCGGCUUCGAGAUCUCCACCCUGCGGCUCGACGCCACCGACAGUCCGCUGUUGGAGUGGGCCUUUUCGUCGACGGAGGACUGGCGGGCGGGCAAGGUGCCCCACUUCUCCACCCCGCCGCCGGCGGCGCGGGGCGACUACUUCAUCCGCCACAUCGGCGGCUACGGCACGCGCGAGUGGGUGGUGCUCCUCCGCAUGCGGGGGCUCGACCCGGUGCGGCUCGACACCGCCGGCACCCACCUCCGGAUGACCCCCGAGCUCGAGGCCCUCAGCCGCAUGCUGCCCGACUGGGCCACCUCCUACUUCUUCUACUCCGAAGUCACCACCUGGAUCGUCGAGUGA